UGAUUUAGGAUUGAGAUUCUGAGAAAUGUUCCGUCUGGAUGUAUUUGAACUGCAAAAGUUUAUAUGAUGAUAAAAAUAUUGCCUCCGCUCUCGCACAUUGUUCUUUUUGAAUAAAUAUCGAAAUGCGAAGAAACGCAAAAAUAUAAAUGAAAAAUCCUGUGCAUCGUACACGAUAGAUCUUAUCGGCGGUCGAAACACAGAAGAAAUAAUAAAGUUUUGAGUUCUUUCAAAAUUGCGACGAUGUGAUGAAAGAAAAAUCAACAGAUUGCUAAUUGAGAAUCAACGUUUAAUGAUCGGCGAUCAAGCCGAUGGUCAUCGUUUGUUUCCAACGAGACGAAACCGUUCGACACCGAAUGGUCAAGCCACGUUAUAUCUAGUUUAUACGACGUACAUUAGACAUGAAUGGCAUCUCCUCUGCCAACUUGAAUGAGAGCAAUUUAACUUCUUUAGGUUGCUUAAUCGGUAGGAAGUCACAUCAACUAUACAGCUGUGUAACCUGUACAAGACACCAAUACGUGCAUCGUUUGCUUCAUUACGUCGAUUGUAACAGGUUAUAGGAGAAGAAUUAUCAAGAUCUAAGAACGGAGGUGAAGAAACAAAGUUGUUAAUUUGAACCUAGACAGGACUUUUCUUUCACACAUGUACACCAACAAUGGGAUAUCACUUUCAAAUUGAUCUUUAUUUCCAACGAUCGUCAUUAAUGUAUAUACAAUAUACAUGUACCAUAUGUGUGUGUGUGUGUGUGUGUGUAUAUAUAUAUAUAUAUAUAUAUAUAUAUAUAUAUAUAUAUAUAUAUAUAUAUAUACACAUGCAGAUAUGUAUACGAUGUAGAGAAACGUUUAACGAUGGAAACUUUAAAAUGGGAUGAGAGAAAAUCACAUGGAAAAUGUGAGUGACGUUGAAUAGCUCCGCAAACGAAGGUAUAAAUUGUACACCUCCAGCGAUAGAAGACUUUCCACACGACCUUUUCGACGAGAAACAGAGGCAGGGCGGAGCUGUCGUCGUGCACGUAAUCGUUUCGCUUUACCUGUUUAUCGCGUUAGCGGUAGUGUGUGAUAAAUUCUUCGUUCCCGCAGUAGAAAAGAUAUGUCACGCACUUUCAAUGUCCAAGGACGUGGCAGGUGCUACCUUUAUGGCCGCAGCAACGUCGGCGCCGGAACUGUUCGUAAACGCAAUCGGCACGUUCAUCACCGAAGGUGACAUCGGUGUCGGAACAAUAGUAGGCUCGGCUGUAUUCAAUAUUCUCGCGGUACCGGCUUGCUGCGGUAUAGGUGCUGGGAUGGUAGUUCCUCUUGACUGGUGGCCAGUUAGCAGAGACUGCCUCGCCUACGGCGUUACGGUUGCCAUUCUGAUAUGUAUCAUACACGACGAACGAGUAGAAUGGUACGAAGCGUUAACGCUAGUGUUAUUGUACAUCGUAUACAUCGCCGUCAUGUAUUGGGACAAAUCGUUUCAGCGAUGCACGCGAUUCCGUACGCAUAAUGCUGAUCGAUCGUCAACGGAUGAUCACCGACACGCGACAGAAGGCAGCACGGAAAUUCACAUGGCAAGAUCCGACAAAGUACAAUCGGCCGUUGAACAAACUGAACAUAUAGAUCUACCAUUGCAAAAUGGAGGAACGAAACCUCAAGAAGAGAAUCCCGACCCUAAUUAUGAAUACGAAUUAUUGGUUUGGCCGACACGAGCUGGGUGGAUAAGAAAAACAGCAUGGAUUAUGACUUGGCCGAUUCAUUUAGUUUUCAUGUGUACUAUUCCGGAUUGUGAAAAGCCACGAUUCAAGAAUUGGUUUCCGAUAACGUUCCUUAUGUGCAUCAUUUGGAUUGGAUCGUUGAGCUAUGUGGUCGCAUGGAUGAUCACUAUAAUUGGAGACACUCUGAAAAUACCGGAUUCCGUGAUGGGCAUUACUUUCCUGGCUGCUGGUACCAGCGUACCAGAGGCUGUAUCAAGCGUAAUAGUAGCAAAGCAAGGACACGGCUCGAUGGGUAUUAGCAACUCGAUCGGAUCAAACACUUUCGACAUAUUGUUGUGUUUGGGUCUACCGUGGCUAAUUAAAUCUUCGUUUUCACCGACACAACCAGGAAAACAUUACAUCAGUAUAAAUUCUGGUGGGCUCGAGUACAGUGCCAUAUCGCUGUUAUCGACACUAAUGUUACUCUACAUUGCUUUUGCUUCGAAUAAGUUUCAGCUUGAUAGAAAAGUUGGUCGAGCCUGUUUAUGUAUGUAUGCGGUAUUUUUGAUAUUAGCCUCGUUGAUAGAACUCAAUGUAUUCUUCAGGGUAAACUUGCCCACGUGCCAGAGGACGGUCAAGUGAUCCGAAAUCGAAAGUAGAGUUGCUUAAUGAUAUUUCAUACGGUGUUUACUCUGAUCCUCGUACGUUCUCCCGAACUUACGAAAAACAUUGUGAACCGAAGAACGCUGUUUUACAUUAUACGAAACUAUUUCUUCUCCCGUCUCGUUUUUCGACGAGAUCGUCCUUCACCCCGAGGCUCCGUUACUCCAUGGCAUUCUUUCCUUCGUAAUCCAUCCACAAUGCCUUCUCCCCCAUUUCUCUCUCUUUCCCAUCCCUCUCUCUUUUUCUCUCUUUUUCUUUUUCGCCCUUUUUCUGUCCUUUUUUUCACAUCAAAUCAUCACAUACUCGAUCACCCUUUGACUUCUCUAUUGCGAUCAAAUUUUAUCGUUUCCAUCUCUCCAACUCUUUCUCUCGCGCUAUCGUCUAAUUAUUCCGCUUACCACGAACAACAUGUAAUUUCUAACGUGAUUUAGGGAUAUAAACAGUAAACGGAAAAAAGAAGAAAACAAGGAAAUUUCGUCCUCUGGUAAAAGAAUAAGAAAGAGUUUGUCAUUUAUGCGAGUGCAGGAUCUGAACGUUGAAGCGUACUCACGUAUUCGUAAUGAUAGAAAAUGUUGGUAACAAUGAUUAAACGAGUAAAUGGAAUUAGGAAACAAAAUAUUGUUAAAAUAAUAAAUAAUAAUAAGGUCGUAAUAAGAUGUCGGUGAAAAGAAUUGGAUUACAAAGAAAAGCGAAAGAAGCUAGAGACAAACGAAGAUUAAGAAAUCAACAAAAGUACGAAGUAUACAUAACGAACACGUAUGUAACAUCGUAUAUAUGUAUAUUCAUAUAUAUACACACAUAUAUACAUAUAUAUAUAUGAAUGAAGUAUGCAUAUGUUCGUGCAUGCGUGCGUGCGUGCGCGCGCGUGUGUGUGUGUGUGUGUGAGUGUGUAAUGUAUGUAUGUAUGUAUGUAUAUAAUAUAUGUAUAUACAGUAGACCGAUAGCGUAGAAAAGACUGCCGCUUUUAUAAAUGUUUCAUUUCGAGGAAUACAGCACAUACAUCAAACGAAUAUGAAUACGUAUAUUGGGUAGCUAGUACGUCCGAUUAAAUAAAGUUUCGAUAAUCGGUUAUCAUUGCGGAACACCAUGACAAUCGGUUAUCGGAACGGGGGAAUUACGAAAGUUUCGAUAAUUGCGCGCCAAGAUUGACAUCACGUUUAUUUGAUAAAAUACAUUGACAUGUACUGAAAUUCGCCGCAGGGUGUAUAUUUAAGUAAUCUAAGAACUUAACGAGAUUAAUAAAGUACUGUAAUAAGUUAUUAAAAA